GCGAGAAUCAUUUGGCCAGAGUGGAGUGGAGGAGGAGGAGAGAGAGAGAGUUCAACAUCGCGGCUCCAUCACUCCGCGUGGCUCCAGUGCUGCGGGGAGAAACCGUGAGAGCUGAAGAGUCAACGGAGCGAGACGCAGCUCCACGGAGAGACCGUGAAGAGUGGUGGAGAGCUCCGGCUGGAGUCGGGCAGGAGAAUCCGAUAACUCCGGGGGAUACACGUGGAGAGUGGAACGCAUUACAGGAAGAGACGGCGAGAGAGGAGGAGGAGGAGCAGCAGAGGCGGUUAAAGAGCUCUGUGGAGACUCGGUUGAGAGUUUGGGAGGAAUCCGAGGAAGAGGCGGCGCGAGUGGGAGAGCUCCAAGUGGAGUCGGAAUCGAAGGAGAAAAUUGCGAGCUCCAGCGAGCGAAGCGCAUCGAGGAAGAGACGCUGAGAGACCGAGGGAGAGAGUUAAAGAGAGCCGUUGAGAGUGUUUUGCUUGGAGAGUUUCCGUGGAGUUCCGCGCCCGGUCACCUGGAGUCGCAUCCACGCACCUGGUUGCCAUGACGACGGCUCCCCUGCUCCUCCUGCUGCUGCUGCUGCUGUCGGCGCGGGGAGGCGGUGGCGCGGGGGCUUGGGGGGACCCAGGUGACCUUGGUGACCCUGGGGAUCUCUACUCCGACGACAGCGAGGAUGGCAUCGACUACAGGGACCCCUGCAAGGCCGACGUCCGACCGGGCAGCAGCAGCAGCAACAGCAGCAGCAGCAGCACGAGGAGGAGGCCCGUGGGGAGAGCGCGGCCACGGAGAGCGGCCACGGCGCGGCCCGAGAGGAUCUGGCCCGGCGGCGUCAUCCCCUACGUCAUCGGCGGAAACUUCACCGGGAGCCAGCGCGCGAUGUUCAAGCAGGCGAUGCGGCACUGGGAGCGCUUCACGUGCGUCACCUUCGUGGAGCGCAGCGAAGAGGAGAGCUACAUCGUCUUCACCUACCGGCCGUGCGGCUGCUGCUCGUUUGUGGGCCGCAUGGGCGACGGGCCGCAGGCCAUCUCCAUCGGGAAGAACUGCGACAAGUUCGGCAUCGUGGUGCACGAGCUGGGCCACGUGAUCGGCUUCUGGCACGAGCACACGCGGCCCGACCGCGACCACCACGUGGGCAUCGUGCGCGAGAACAUCCAACCCGGUCAGGAGGAGAACUUCCUGAAGAUGGAGCCGGGAGAGGUGGACUCUCUGGACGAGUCGUACGACUUUGACAGCAUCAUGCACUACUCGCGCAACACCUUCUCCCGGGGCAUGUUCCUGGACACGAUUCUGCCACGCAAGGACGAGUCCGGAGUGCGUCCGGCCAUCGGCCAGCGAACGCGGCUCAGUAAAGGGGACAUCGCGCAGGCCAACAAGCUCUACCGCUGCCUGGCGUGCGGGGAGACGCUGCAGGACAUGACCGGGAAUCUGUCAUCCCCCGGUUACCCCAACGGGUACCCGUCCUACUCGCACUGCAUCUGGAGGAUCUCCGUCACCCCCGGCGAGAAGAUCGUGCUCAACCUCACGGCGCUCGACCUCUACCGGAGCCGCCACUGCUGGUACGACUACGUGGAGGUGCGCGACGGAUUCUGGAAGCAGGCGCCGCUCCUGGGGAAGUUCUGUGGGGACCGUGUGCCCGGCACGCUCGUCUCCUCCGACAGCCGCCUCUGGAUCGAGUUCCGCAGCAGCAGCAACUGGGUGGGCCGCGGCUUCUACGGCACCUACGAGGCGAUCUGCGGCGGGGAGCUGCACAGGGACUCGGGCACCAUCCAGUCGCCCAACUACCCCGACGACUACCGCCCCUCCAAGGAGUGCGUGUGGAAGAUCGUGGUGCCCCAGGGCCACUCCGUGGGCCUCACCUUCCAGUCCUUCGAGGUGGAGCGCCACGACACGUGCGCGUAUGACUUCCUCGAGAUCCGCGACGGCGACUCGGAGAACAGCAAGCUGGUGGGGCGCUACUGCGGCUACGACAGGCCAAGCGACGUGCGGUCGAGCAGCAACAAGCUGUGGAUGAAGUUCGUCUCCGACGGGACCAUCAACAAGGCCGGCUUCUCCGCCUCCUUCUUCAAGGAGACGGACGAGUGCUUGCGCUCCGAUCGCGGUGGCUGCGAGCAGCGCUGCAUCAACUCCUUGGGCAGCUUCACGUGCGCCUGUGACCCCGGGUACGAGCUGGCACCCGACAAGAGGACUUGCCACGCGGCGUGCGGGGGGCUGCUGACGAAGGCCAACGGGACGCUGACGAGCCCGGCGUGGCCGCGCGAGUACCCGCCCAGCAAGCACUGCGUGUGGCAGAUCGUGGCGCCCACGCAGUACCGCAUCUCGCUCAGCUUCGAGGCCUUCCACCUGGAGGGCAACGACGUGUGCAAGUACGACUACGUGGAGGUGCGCAGUGGCCUGUCGGCCGACUCAAAGCUGCACGGGAAGUUCUGCGGCAGCGAGGUCCCCUCGGUCAUCACCUCGCAGUCCAACAGCCUCCGUGUCGUCUUCCACUCGGACAACUCCAUGUCCAAGCAAGGCUUCAAGGCCUACUUCUUCUCUGACAAGGACGAGUGUGCCAAGGAUAAUGGCGGCUGCCAGCACGAGUGCGUGAACACGGUGGGGAGCUACACGUGCCGCUGCCGCCAGGGAUACUCGCUGCACCCCAACCUGCACGACUGCAAAGAGGCCGGCUGCAAGCAGCGCGUGGACAGCGCGGAGGGAAUCAUCACGAGCCCCAACUGGCCGGACCGCUACCCGAGCCGCAAGGAGUGCACGUGGACCAUCACCGCCACGCCCGGGCACCGCGUCAAACUGGCGUUCAAGGAGUUCGAGGUGGAGCCGCACCAGGACUGCGCGUACGACCACGUGGAGGUGUUUGACGGCGAGAACUCUGUGGCGCCAUCCCUCGGCCGCUUCUGCGGCAUGCGGCGCCCGCUGCCCGUCGUCUCGUCGGGCAGCGCCAUGCUGCUCAAGUUCUUCUCCGACGCCUCCAAGCAGCGCAAGGGCUUCCAGGCGACGCACUCCACCGAGUGUGGCGGGCGCCUGCAGGCGACGGUGCGCACGCGCGACCUCUACUCGCACGCGCAGUUCGGCGACAACACGUACCCCGCGCAGGCCGACUGCGAGUGGCAGCUGUGGGCCGAGGGCGGCUACGGGGUGGAGCUCAUCUUCCGCACGUUCGAGAUGGAGGAGGACCAGGACUGCACCUACGACUUCCUCGAGGUGCUGGACGGCGUGGGCCCCGGCGCGAGGCCCCUCGCCCGCUACUGCGGCGCCGGCCCCACGGAGCCGGUGUACAGCACGGGGGACAAGUUGGUGCUCCGCUUCCACUCGGACGACUCGAUCAACAAGAAGGGCUUCCACCUGCGCUUCACCAGCACCGGCUUCCAGGACGCCCUGCAGGAGGAGCAAUAGCACCCCUGAGCUCCCCCCCACCCCACCCCCACCUCCAGCCUCUGCCCCCUGCCCCCCCCAUCCACCCUUAGCCCCCCACGAGCGUCCCCCAGGCUGGCGCGAGCCUUUCCACGAACUGCUCAGUCGCACUUCUCCGCCGACGUUUGUAAGAGGAGGUUUUUUUUUUUCCCCCCCCUGUGGAUUUUAACCCAGCAUCCUCAUCGCCCCCCCCAUCGCUCCCCCAUCUCCCCUUCGUGUGCGUCGGGUUGUUGUAAGCCGCUCCCAUUCCUGUCAGAGCGCUGUAGUCGUCCGUGCAGGGAGGCCUGCCGCUGUUUGUGAAUGACGUCGUGCGGUGUGGCCGCCUCUGUACGGUGUGGCCGGGGCUGUGCAAAAGACAACAGCAAAUCCGCUCCUAUGCAACACGGGGAAGCGUUGCCAUAUACAGCGAUCGCCUAUUAUCCGUCUACCUGUCGACCCGUCUACCUGGCUGAGCUGUGCCUUAUGAGUAAAUGGGACGAACGCCAUGACCCUUGUUGUUGUCCGAUAACGCGGGGGAAACAAGACGGGAGGGGGACCUCGUAUAAAUAUUUUUGUUGUAACCAACUCGUCGUGUCAGAGGAAUUGGCGCACGAUGUAUGGUGUCGGGCGUGACCUUGUGAUCACGCACCUGCGGUCAUCAGGGCCAGGUGUGCAUGCGAGUCUGUCUGUGUGCAUGCGUGCAUGUCCGUCUGUAUGCCUGUGUGCGUCCACGUGCGAUUAGUUACCAAAAGGUACAGGGCAGCCGCAGAAGGGAGCGGUGGAGACGGUGCCAUACCGAUGAGUCCUGAUGAGGUUGAAACCGGUUGACGGCCAUCUCUCGGUUUCUGCUGCUGCCCGUUCUCCGUGUCGGUGCUCUGACUAAACGUCGCCACGGCCACGCGUUCAGCUCUUUUUGAGUUUGUGUUCUGGACAAGGCUGAGAUGAUUUGUGCCUUUCCCUGCUCUUUGUGCGUACACCCUCCGCGUGUCGCGAAGUCUUCGCCACUCCUCCGGGAGCCGCUCCCUGGGAGAGGGGCGAGGACUCUCUCUUUACCUGUUCUACGUUAACCGCCCUGUGAAUUGCACUCACCGCGUGGGAACCAAAAACACACCACGGGAUCAACGGAAUAAAUGUGAAUCUUUCUUCCCCCCCCCCUUCAAUGAUAAGUGGUACGGUCCGAACGGUAACCUCCACAACCUGAGUUGCAUUCGGUCCACCGGUACCGGACUUCACCAUUCCACACGGUGGCGGCGUGGGGGUAGUUGGCAGGGCAGGUGACCUCAAACCAGCACUUGCAACGGCGCCCACAACACACUGAGCUCCAGUUUGUGCCGCGCGGUGUAAACAGCGGAGAGACCGGGGGACGCCAAUCACGGGUGGGGGGAGGAGGGGGGGGGUGAGCGAACCUGAAAAACCGUGCGGGGUGUGGGAGGUUUUGCUGGCACUGGGCAGAGCGCAGUCCGACGACUCCUGGUCGUGUUGCCAGUGCCGCACAAGCUAUACCGUACCGCAGAGCGGCCUUACCCCGAGCGAGCGCCGUUCACACCUAGGCUGCCAUCAACACACCAGCGCUGUCACCGAGCGAGCGCCGUUGCCAUGGGGACCGUUUCCCUGGGCGCCAUCGCCACGGUGACCACGCUCCGCUCCCUGCUCCAACGACGAUACCGGUUUCCGAUGCGUUGACGUAUCUGGAGGGGGUGGGGUGGGGGGCAAUCUGCAGGCAACGCGAGAGGCGAGCGAGGAAGAGGAGAGACCUUGAAAAGGGAAAGCAGAGCCACUAUUUAUUUGUCUAACGCGUUUACACAGAACUCGUGAACGGAUACAAUCAACGACCGCGUUUUUCGUGAUCGGAGGAAGGUGGGGUGGUGGUGGUGGUAGCGGUCGAGGGGGGUGGGGGGGGGGUUAGGUGGGGAGCGAAGUCUGGUACUUGCUGGAAACCCGGAGGCAUCCCUCGCUGUUACUGGAGCCAGUUCACGGGCUCACCAACUCCCCCCACCCCGAGUUCAGGGAUCGAGACGACGGAGACCGAGCGUUGGCACGGCCGUGGCAGCGCUCGCACGAUGACUGCACGCGGAGCGACACUUUACGACCCCACCCCACCCCGCCCCCUCAGCGCGCAAUGCACGCCCCUCGACGUGGAACGAACAGAAACCACCUUCGGUUAAAUUCAUUAAAGUCAAUUUUUAAAACGA